AUGGCCGCCAAGCUCUCCGCCGACCUCCUCUUCCAGAUGGCCAAGACGCGCCGCUCCAUCUACACGCUGAACAAGGACCUGCCCAUCAGCACGAGCCGCAUCCACGAAAUCGUCAAGGAGGCCACCCUGCACACCCCGUCCUCCUUCAACGUCCAGACCAACCGCGCCGUCGUCCUCUUCGGCGCCGAGCACGAGAAGCUCUGGGACAUCACCCACGACACGCUCAAGGCCAUUGUCCCCGCCGAGCAGUUCCAGACGACGGCGGACAAGCUCAAGCUCUUCAAGGGCGGCGCCGGCACCGUGCUCUUCUUCGAGGACACGGACGCCACAAAGGCCCUGCAGGCCAAGUUCCCCAUCUACGCCGACCGCUUCCCGCCCUGGGCCGGCCAGUCCCUCGGCAUGGAGCAGCUGCUCGUCUGGACCGCGCUCGAGGUCGAAGGGCUCGGCGCCAACCUGCAGCACUACAACCCGCUCAUCGACCAGAAGGUCGCCGAGGCCUGGAAGGUGCCUGCUCACUGGCGGCUGGAUGCCCAGCUUGUCUUUGGCGGAAAGGCCGGCGAGCCUGGCCCCAAGGACUUCCAGGACAUUGACGAGCGUGUCAAGGUCCACGGCGCUUAA